CGCGUCCACCUUGGCCCGGCGCAACUACCACACCGCCCGAUGAUCGACGUCGAGCCUAGCGCUCGAACUAGCGCCGCCAAGCUUACCAACGCACUGUGCCCGUGCAGCUCCACUGGUGGCGACGACGCUGGGACCGCGCGUGCGCUUGACGAGGCGCCGGCACAGUCGAGGCCCUGUCCGCUCGCUCUGCGUUUGCUGCCUGUUGCCCUCGUUCUGCUGCUGUUCACAGCAUUUGCUGGGCCCACGGUGGCCAGCGCGGCGGUCCAGUUCCUCGUCGACAGGUCUGUGCUCACCGUCACUGCGCUGCACGUCGCGCCGUCGGAGAGCGACAUCGGCGACUUUGGCUCGGGCGACCCUGGCUCAGCAGGCCCCCUGGACGUGUCCAUCUCGAGGAGCGACCUGACCGUUGCGAUCCAGACGACGGGCGAGCUGCGGCUCUGGCUCCUCCCGGUGGCGUGCACCGUCGAGCGGAUGGACCUCUCCGUCGCACACGCCUCCGGCGGAGCUGCGCCCGUCGGCAGCUUCCAAGCGCUCAGCCCGCUCGCCGUCGGCUUUGGGGGCCGCGUUCCGCUUCAUGUCCGCGGCGCACUCGAGGUUGCGAACCUCACCGCCCUGCACGAGCUCUCGGCGCGGAUCAUCACCGCGCCGGAGCUCUCCCUCUCCGUGGCCGGCAGCGUGACUGUCCGCGCGUGGCCAGGCCUUCUCUUCGAGGGCAUCACGCUGGCAAAGCAGUUCCGGCUGCGCGGGAUGGGAGGGCUGGCCGCGCGCACGACCGCGCUGCACCUGAGCGAGUCGUACCCCGGGAGCGAGGUGACGCUCGAGGCUGAGGUGGAGGCGCAGAACCCAUCCUCCUUCGAGCUGACUCCGCUCGGCGAGAUCGCCUUCGCCGUCCAGACCGCGGCGGGGUCGCAGUUCGCCGCGGUGGCCACCGACGGGCUCGUGAGCAUGCGGCAGGGCGCCCUCUCGUACACACUCCGUGGCCCGAUCCUCUCUCCGCCGGAGGACGUGCACGAGUUCGAGCGCCUCUCGGCGGACUACGCCGCGGGGCGAACCAGCGACGUGCACGCCGUCUUCACCUCCAUCGGCGGCGUGCCGCUCUACAGCGUCGCCUUGCAAGGCGUCGCCCUCGACGCGAAGCUGCCGGGCCGCUUGCUCCACUUCUUCCGAGACGUCGGUAUGCACGUCGACGUCAACGCGGCGGCGAUCCACUCCCUGGCGGGGCUUGCGGGAGACCACGCACACGGCUACGUCGGCGACCACUCUCAUGGGCUGAUCGAGAAGGACCCAACUCCACUGGCCGAGCUCGAGGAGACGGUGUACAUCGGCCAGCUCUCCAACCCGCUCAACAUCACCACCACCGUGCUCGCCGUCGAGGUCAACGUGACGUACCUGGGCACCGCCGUCGGCCGAGUCUCUGUGCCCGAGGUGUCGCCCCCGCUCGUGCUUGGCCCCUUCGAGUCGCGCCGCUCGCGCGCGUUCCCGCUCCUGCUCAAGGCGCCCGCCGCGACGCUGAGCCGGAUGAUGGCGGACUUGCUCAAGGACGGCGAGAUCGAGGUCGGGCUGUACUCGGCGCUCGACCUCACCUUCGGUCCGGACCGGGUCCGGCUGCCGUACGUCGAGGAGCUCAUCACGGUGGCGCUCGAGAACAAGGGCCUCGCCGGCUCGGCGGCGGCGAUGCAGCUCGUCGACAAGCUGGCCGGCGGCCAGGUGAGCAGCUCGCUCGGCACGACCGUCACUGAGCUCGGCGAGGCGGGUCAGACGGUUGGCGAGACGCUAGACACGACGGUGGGCACGCUCAACAGCACCCUCUCCACCGCCGCCAGCACCGUCGCCAGCACCGUCGAGGACGCGCUCACCGACGUCGGUGACAUUCUGGGAGACGUGUUUGGCGGCCUGACGCUGUCACACGGGCGGGGGCAUGCGCAGGCGGGGCCGCCGCAGGCGCAGCAGAGCAGCAAACAUUCGAGAUAGAAGUGGUGCACCGCGUUUCAGCUCGAGGAUCAGACAGAGAGAGAGCGAGAGAGAGAGACAGAGAGACGCCUGAGGGCUACAACAUGUCAGCUGUUUAUUUUUAAGGAGAAUGCUCUAAAUGGA